CAGCUGCCCACCACCAAAAUUUCAGAAGAUUUUCCUCUGUAAUUUAAAAAAAAAAAAAUCAGAAGAUUGAACAUCCACACCUCGAUCAAUGCUUGGCUCUCCCUCCAGCUGCUGAGUGCUGGUGAUAGGUACAAACAACAAGUGUAGAGUAUGGCUUGCAAAUCGCUAUGCUCCAUCACUGUGUCUGAUAUUGAAUCCCUUGGAAUUUCACGAGACGCUGCUUCUACUUUUCACCAGCGUCUCACAGAAAUCAUUGGAGUUCAUGGAGCUGGGUCCCCUGCCACGUGGCAGAACAUCGCAAGCAGCAUCCUCAACAACCCUGAACUCCCUUUCUCCUUUCAUCAGAUGCUCUACUAUGGUUGCUUCAAGGAUUAUGGACCCGACCCACCCGCUUGGAUACCCGACCCGAAAAGUGCUGCUUUGACAAAUGUUGGCCGGUUGCUAGAGAGGAGGGGUAAAGAGUUUCUCGGCUCAGCAUAUAAGGACCCAAUUACAAGCUUUUCUGAUUUCCAGAAAUUUUCAGUAUCAAACCCGGAGGUUUAUUGGGAAACUGUGUUUGAGGAAAUGAAUAUAUCUUUUUCCAAACCACCUGAAUGCAUCUUACGUGAUAACCUCCCUGGGGAAGACAGAUCAUCACUCCCAAGUGGUCAAUGGCUUCCUGGAGCAUCUAUUAAUCCAGCACAGAACUGCUUAAAUGUAAAUGGCAACAGAAGUUUGAAUGACACAGUAAUAAUAUGGCGUGAUGAACUGCAUGAUGAUCUCCCUCUACAAAGGAUGACACUUCAGGAACUGCGUCAAGAGAUCUGGUUAGUUGCUUAUGCUCUCGAAUCACUGGGUUUGGAGAAAGGAUCUGCAAUUGCGAUUGAUAUGCCAAUGAAUUGCAAAGCCGUGGUUAUCUACCUAGCUAUCAUUCUUGCAGGUUAUGUUGUUGUAUCCAUUGCUGACAGUUUUGCAGCACGUGAAAUAUCAACCAGACUUAGAAUAUCAAAUGCAAAAGUCAUAUUUACUCAGGAUAUCAUUAUUCGUGGAGACAAAAGCCUUCCUCUUUACAGUAGAAUUUUGGAGGCACAGGCUCCUAUGGCAGUAGUUAUCCCUGCCAGAGGCUCUGGAUCAAGCAUGAAACUGCGCAGUGGGGACCAUUCGUGGUGUGGGUUUCUGGAGGGAGUCAAUAGUGUUAAAGGCAAGGAAUUCAUACCUGCAGAACAACCAGUUGAAACUUUUACAAACAUUCUCUUUUCUUCUGGGACAACAGGUGAUCCAAAGGCAAUUCCAUGGACCAAUAUUACUGCUUUAAAAGCUGCUGCAGAUGCGUGGUGCCACUUUGACAUUCGUAAAGGGGAUAUAGUUUGCUGGCCCACUAAUCUUGGAUGGAUGAUGGGGCCAUGGUUAGUAUUUGCGUCAUUGCUAAAUGGAGCUUCAAUGGCAUUGUAUAAUGGAUCCCCUCUUGGGCCUGGCUUUGCCAAGUUUGUACAGGAUGCUAAGGUAACAAUGCUUGGUUUGGUUCCAAGUCUUGUACGGAGUUGGAAAAAUGCAAAUUCCACAUCUGGCUAUGACUGGUCAUCUAUCCGAUGCUUUGGAUCCAGUGGAGAAGCAUCUAGUGUAGAUGAAUACCUUUGGCUGAUGGGGAGAGCUCAUUACAAGCCUGUCAUUGAAUACUGUGGUGGUACAGAGAUUGGGGGUGGAUUUAUUACUGGAUCAUUACUACAGGCUCAGUCCUUGGCUGCUUUUAGCACACCUGCUAUGGGCUGUGAAUUGUUUAUUCUUGAUGAUGAUGGCCAUCCUCUUCCAGACAAUGUUGCAGGGAUAGGUGAAUUGGCUCUAGGUUCCCUCAUGUUGGGAGCGUCAAAUACGCUGCUGAAUGCUGAUCAUUAUGAUGUAUAUUUUAAGGGAAUGCCUCUCUGGAAUGGAAAGGUUUUACGGAGGCAUGGAGAUAUACUGGAGCGUACCGUUAGAGGAUACUAUCAUGCACAUGGUCGUGCAGAUGAUACGAUGAACCUUGGAGGUAUCAAGGUGAGUUCGGUUGAGAUUGAACGCGUAUGCAAUGGAGUAGGUAGCAAUAUCCUGGAAACUGCUGCAAUAGGGGUACCACCUUCUGGAGGUGGGCCUGAGCAACUGGUCAUUGCUGUUGUAUUGAAGAAUUCAAGCAGUACAGCAGAAGAUUUACAUAAAUUAAGGAUCUCUUUUAACUCAGCUCUCCAGAAAUCACUGAAUCCAUUGUUCAAGGUUUCUCAAGUAGUGUCAGUGCCAUCUCUUCCAAGGACGGCAUCAAACAAGGUUAUGAGAAGGGUUUUGCGGCAGCAACUUGCCGAACAUAGGCAGAUGUCUAAAAUAUAACGAUGUUAUGUAAUGAAUAAUGUUCUGGUGUAUUUAAUUGCUCUCGCAAUUUCGGUCCGGAUAGGACCACUAUGGGUUGUAACACUCUCCCUGUAUUUAACGCAGCUGCAGAGACUCGAACUCGAGACUUUUGCUUAAAUGUAAUGAAUAAUGUUGAAGAUACAUGAGUUACAAACUACACAAUUACAAGA